AUGGAAGGUCAAGCGACGAUUGUGUGGCUUGUUGUGAACGAGACAACCAUGAAGCGGUUUGUGCUCAAACAGUCGUGGCAUCUGGAGAUGUCGCAGAUUGAAGCAAUGUUCCAUAAAUUCCUGUCCAAGCCACCCUUUAUUCACAUCUGCGAUAUCGUCAACUCGGUCGACAUCAGAGUCAUGGACGACGAGCAGGGAGGCAUGGUGGUCAACAACACGGUCAAUCACAUUCGUUGCAGCGUGGAGGUCCAAGCCUCUUCACUCAAGAGAAGUAAGUUGCCUAAAGAUCCCGGAGCUUCCGAAUUACGCUCGACCAAGUGCAAGAAGCCAGAGCUCGAUGAGUCCCAGCCCCAUGAAAGCUUUCUUCACGUUACAUCGACUUCUUCUGAGGUCUUGGAAUUCCCUGUCAUUGCCGACGGACGAUCGGUGACAAAUCGUGUCUUGACGUGCACUUUGAUGCAGACGUAUGGGUGGCCCAUCAAGUUCUUCAAAGACAUUCCCAAGCUUGUCAAAUCCAUAUUCCAUGCUGUGAAAGCACACUGCGAUUACUGGUUUAGUCUUAUACUUCAUCGAGACGUCAGCACCGGCAACAUGCUUAUCUGUCCCAGGUCUGAUGUCAAUGUCGAAGAUACUUGUGGUAAACUCAUCGACCUUGACUAUUCGAAAAAAUCGGACAUGCAUGUAGAAUACCCAGCACCAGGGCCUCCCAAGCAACACAUAGCUAUAGUCCUUCGACUCAAGAAGCAGGUGUCCAUAACCAACGAGGUUGCCGGCAUCCUCAUCGCUCGUUACCCAUCACAUUUCUUGGUAUAUAUAGACAUGGUUCUUAGCAUGAAUCCGGACCUCAGAACUGCUAACAAAGAGCUGACAGUAGAAGAUCUCUUUUUGGAGAUACCUUUCGAUCACCCUCCAGCUUGGGAUGGGCAUCUUCCACAUAUAAGGCAUAGGAUGGCAAGCAGACACCUUCAUCUAUCUCUCAACUUCAUCUGA